GAAAAACAUCUAUGGGACACACUCGAGAAGGACGACGUCAAUAAAUACUCAAAACAAUUCAUACAAAUCUCUUUAUUAGCAUAUUUGCUCCCUCCAAAAGCAGGCGUUGUACGGAAAGGGAAUGAGAUUUGGAAACCAAGUUGUCCAGAGAGUCAACGUGGUAUGGUUGCUUACGUCCGAACAUCAGAUGACAUUCUAUCCAGUCACGACCAAUUAGUCGACCAAAUGCAUCAGUAUGGAUUAAAAGUUCAGCCGUACAUCAUUGGACAAGGAGCUACUUUGGAAAGUGUGAGCAAUUUUUAUGUAAUAGUUGAUAAAGUGCGUUACCAGUUCGACUCGCCGUUAAAGGCAUUAGAUAUUUGUUUUAAGAUUUUUUUUGCAUGUCAUGCAGAAUACCCCCCACAAUCACGACAAAUUUGGUUUUUUUUGCAAUUAGCAUUAUAUAAAUUCACAACCCCCUACGAUACGAAAUACCCCCAUCUUGCCAGAAUUUUGAAACACUUCAAGUGAUUUGUUAAUGUCGCAACAUAUAGUAUUAUCAAUUAUUAAUUUUUAGCAGAAAAAGUGCGUUUCAUUAUAUAUUAUAUUCUUUAUAUUUUUGUUGGUAUCUGACCCUUAUGUAUAAGAUGGACUACCUAUGCCCUUUUUGUCUAAAUAGAAGCAUAAAUCAAAGUAUCCUUUUUGCACAUUUGAAACUAAAACAUAGUUUACGUUUUGAUGAGACAGUAACUUGUCGCCAAUUAUCAUGCAUGAAAAUAUGUACUAAUAUUUAUAGUUACAAAAAACACAUUCGUAGCAAGCAUCAAUUGAUUUUUCCAAAUAAUGUAGAAACAUUCCCUCAGAUUGAAGCAGUUAAUUGUGUAGAUUGUAAGGAUACAAGCCCAUUAGUCGACAAUAUUUCUGUUAAUACAGACUUCGAUAAUGAUGUCAGUAAUAUCUCGUCUAUCAAAUUUGAUAUCAAUGAAAUAAAAAACAUUGUCUCUUCGGCCGCUAUCUCUUUUAUUGCAAAGCUACACACUAAUCCCCAUGUGCCGAGAUCAAUCAUACAAACAAUUAUUGAAAAUACUAGUGAAUUAUUUAAAACGUGCGGAUUAGAUUUUCUGAAACAGACAAUGACUGAUGCAAAUAUUUUCGAUACAAGGACAAAAAAUGCAUUAGACAUCAUUUCUAAACCUUUUAAGGGUUUAGAAACCGAUUAUUUACGACAAUGCCACUUCCAAAAAUUUGGGUAUUUAAUAGAACCGAUUCCGUUUACCAUUCAAACUGUUCUUCGUAAAAAAAUUGUAAAAGAUGAAAGUACGCUUGAUUUAAAAAAUUCCGAAGGUCAAUUUAUACCUAUGAGAAAAAUCUUAAAAUCUUUCCUAGAAUUACCGAACGUUUUCAAAGAAAUAACAUCGUACAUGAAAGAAAUUGAACAAUCUAAUCCCAAUAAGAUCGAUAAUUUCCUAAAAGCCAAUCUAUGGCAGAAAAUUAAACUAGAAUUCGCAAAUAAAUCAGUUCUCCCAUUAACUGUUUACUUUGAUGAUCUAGAAAUAAAUAAUCCACUUGGUUCGCACACGGGAGUUAAUAAAAUUGGAUUGAUAUAUUUUAAAAUAACUUGUUUACCACCGGAAUAUUCUUCAUUAUUGGAAAAUAUUUUUUUAACCUUAAUUCAUAAAUCUAUUGAUAGAAAAGACCUAACAGGUCACAUAAUAAAAGAAACAUUUAAUACUACUAAAUGUUACUAAUAAAUGAAUUAAUAUUUCUGAAAAACGAAGGAAUAGUUAUAAACACAGAAAAUGGUGUUCAAAGAGUUUAUUUCGCUUUAGCAUUAUUGAGUGGAGAUAAUUUAGGCUUAAACUGUUUAUUCGGACUACAUGAGUCAUUUAAUUCCAACCAUUAUUGUAGAUUCUGUCGAGAACAUAAAGAUCAAAUGGAAAAACAGUUAAAAGAAAAUAAUACAAUGAUUAGAAAUAAGAAAAAUUAUGAAGCAGACUUAUUAAAUUUACAGAAUGGUAUCAAACAAGGAUGCUUUUUUCAUGACAUACCAAAUUUCCAUUUAACAGUUAACCUUUAUGGCGAUCUCAUGCAUGACCUUUUUGAAGGAAUUUGGAGAUACGAACUGCCCUUAAUUUUAAAACAUAUUGUUGAGAAUAAAAAUAACUUACUAUCAUUAGAUAUGUUAAAUGAUAGAAUAAAAUAUUUUAAUUUUGGCUCAUGUUCUUCGAAUAAUACAUUUCCUAAGUUUACUCAAGCAAAUUUAGCGACUGGUUAUUACACUUGUACGAGUUCUGAAAUGCGUGUAUUAGUUACUACCCUUAAUCUCAUAAUUGGCGAUAUUGUUCCUGAAAGCAAUAAAUAUUGGAAUCUUUAUUUGUCACUAAGAAAAAUAACGUGUAUUUUAACAAAUAAUGAUUUCGACGAAGAAUCGAUAAAAAAAUUAGAGACAUUAAUCUCUGAACACCAUCAAUCGUAUUUAAAUCUUUUCGUCGCUCAACAUUUAUUACCUAAAUUUCAUUUUAUGAUUCACUAUCCGCGCAUAAUUAGAACUAUUGGACCAAUGUGGCCUGUAUCAUGUAUUCGUUAUGAAGGCAAACAUAAAGAUUUUAAAUCAUAUGCAACAGUAUGUAGAUCAAGGAUUAAUGUUUGUUACAGUUUAGCAUUGAAAAAUCAAUUGAUGCUUUGUGAGCGAUUUGUAGGUAGAAGAGGAUUUAGCACCAGAAUUUGUAAAAGUCCUUCAAUAAUCAUAAAAUUGGAUGAUAUUAAAGAAUACAAUUUUUCGUCAACUGAUACAGGGGAAAAUUUGAGUAAAAUAAAUAGUUUUCAGAGUGCAAAAUGGAUAGAAAUAAAUGGUAUUAAAUAUAAUUUAAAAACGAUUCUAAAUAUCAGCGAUGUAACCGAUCGCGAUGAAUUCGCCGAAGUUAAGUAUAUUCUUAUAGGAGAUGAUGUUAAGGUUUUUUUUAUUUGUCAAAAAUUAAAAAUUAUAAUGAACAUUACCAAGCUUACGAUAUUGAAUCAGACUUUGAAUGGUGCUGUAUAGAAGAUGAAAUGUUAAUUUAUAAAAA